ACUGUACAGAGCUCUCCACUUGACCAAAUUCAUUCGGGAAGCUCCUCUAACUUAUCUGUUCCAACCAUAAUUGCAAAUACAGCUCUGAAAUCGUCCGACAACAUUUGUUCCUCGUUCUUAAUCAGAACCAGCUACCCUUCGCGCCCUCACACCGCUUUCUUUUCAGCCAAAGAGGCAGCAAUUAGAGACGCUCUCAAUUUUUGACAAAUUUGCAGCUUCAACACUGUCACCGUCUACGCUAAGCAGGGGGGAUAUAUACCAUUUUUGAAUCAAUUGUCAAUCUUCUCUCCUCAACUUCUCAGCAUGGACUUUGCGCCUUAUCAAGACCAAGCGCCUGAAACGACGCGUACACGCUCUCCGUUACCCAACGGCGCUCGACGCUCUGGCUCGUUCUCUCCCGUGCCUCGACUGGGUCCGAACAAUGCGAAACCUCCUCAGCGGCCCAUAGUCGAUCCUUGGGCUCCUUCUGCACGCCUGCCGUCGCCGACGCAGUUUGCCGAUGAAGACAGCCAGUACACAUACCAGAAUCGCGACGCGGGACGGGGGUCAGACUGGGAGAGAGACUACGAGGCGGAUGUUGGAAUAACGGCCAGCGGAAGCCCGACUGGUUUUGGCGGGGGACCGAGCAGCAGAUCAAAUGUCGAUCUUUUUGAGACGAGCCUCCCGCUGCGCCUAGAUUAUGAAGCAAUGUUGGCGUACCUUUUGUUGCCUCCUGCGGGCGGAGUGUUGUUGUUGCUGGUCGAGCAUAAGAGCGAUUAUGUCCGGUUUCACGCAUGGCAGAGCGCAUUAUUGUUUACAGGGAUUUUUAUCCUCCAUCUUCUUCUCUCCUGGUCCCGGUUUCUCUCUUGGCUUCUUUUUAUCUGCGACUUGGCGCUCAUCGGGUGGUUAACUCUGCGCGCCUAUCGUGAUGCCGACACGCUUGAUCGAUGCGAAGUCCCCUUCUUCGGCCGUCUUGCCAGCUCUUUUCUCGAUGACGAAUAAUGAUAACCGCUCUUUUAUAUCCUUUUCCUGUUCCUUUCCCUUUUUUCUUUCCCUUUUGCCUUUUCAAAAGGCCUUUUCCCUUUCUCGUUCCUUUUUCCCGUUCCCACUCUCCUCUAAUG